AUGCCACUGCUGCGUGUCAUGAUGCCACCCGCCUUCCUCAGCUUCAGCCCCCCGGAAACACCUCCUCUGCUCAACAUGCUCACUCUCUCACCAUGCCCGUCCACCUCCUCUGCACUCUGCCUUAAAUGUAUAUUCUCUCUCUUCCUGCUCCGCUUUCCUUGCCCUUUUCUCGUCCUCCUCUGUCCCAAACGCUUAUUACUCAUCCUGCCCUCUCUUCCUUCCCGAUGCUCCCUCAUCAUCUCCCCUCUCACCACGUCUCAGGCCCAUGAGAUUCUCGACGAGGCAAGGUUCACACUGUACAGCGUGUACGAAGCUCUUGGAAUCACUCUGGGGCGGCUGGUGGGAGUGGAUCAGUUUGGCGUGCAACUGGAGGGGCUGAGGGAGCAGCUGGAAGCAGCCAGGGGGGAGUUGGCUGCACACAAGAACCUGAUUACAAGGCAAGCCCAGGAGCUGGCAGCAGCAAGGGGGGAAGUUGCUGAGCAGAGCAGUCGUAUGCUCAAGGUCGGUGCCCUGGAGGAAGCAUUGGUUUCACUUACUCGGGGCGAUUGGGGAAGCACACACACACUGAAUGUCAUGGAGCAUGUGAAGCACUUGACUGCCUUUCAGAAGUUGGAUAUGAUGGGAUGUAGAGUGGCUGAUGGUGGGGUGCAGAGGUUGAGCAAUCUGCCUUCUUUGACGCACAUUAUGACAGAUCAAAGAAGCUUGCAGUGA